CAAAAACGGCAGCGUUACCUUUCUUUAAUUUUGCCUUCUUUUCUCUCACUGACUCGUUUUGCAAGUUUGAACCUCUUAAUUUUCAUAAAUUCUUUCAAAUUCACCCCUUUUCCCUUUCCUUCGCCACCCAAACCACUCCCCGAUCUCCUGCAACUUUUCUUUUCCAGGUUCAAUGGAAGUUGAUGAUGACAAAAGUCCAUCAACUUCAGCUGCAGUUCCGGAUGGCGAAACCCCGGUGCCUACAGCUAAUAGCACACCGGUUCAGCCUCCAGCGGUCCCACCUGCAGUUGUACCACCAACUAUUGCUCCACUACCAGCAGUUGUGCCACCUAUUGCUCCAAUACCUGCAGUUCGCCCUCCCGUCUUUAAACCACCUGUGCCUCAAAAUGGUGAGGUGAAAGCUGUUGAUUCAGACUCUGACCAUGAGGAUGAUGGGCGAGCUACAGCUGGUGAAUAUGAGAUCUCAGAAGAGAGCAGACUGGUUCGAGAGCGACAAGAAAAGGCAAUGCAAGAACUUUUGAUGAAACGCCGUGCUGCUGCACUGGCAGUUCCUACUAAUGACAUGGCUGUUCGGACUCGACUUCGCCGACUUGGUGAACCCAUAACACUUUUUGGAGAAAGAGAGAUGGAAAGACGGGAAAGGCUGCGAAUGAUUAUGGCAAAGCUGGAUUCUGAGGGGCAACUGGAGAAAUUGAUGAAAGCUCACGAGGAGGAAGAGGCUGCAAUUUCUGCUAAGGCAGAGGACAUUGAGGAAGACAUCGAAUAUCCCUUUUAUACUGAGGGUCCAAAAGAGCUUCUGGAUGCUAGAAUUGAUAUUGCAAAGUACUCUAUUGUAAAGGCAGCUGCACGUCUUCAGCGUGCACGGAGAAAAAGGGAUGAUCCAGAUGAAGAUAUGGAUGCUGAAAUUGAUUGGGCUCUAAGGCAGGCAGGGAAUUUGGUUCUUGAUUGCAGUGAAAUUGGUGAUGAUAGACCGCUUUCGGGUUGUUCUUUCUCACGUGAUGGAAAACUUCUUGCCACCUGCUCUUUGAGUGGAGUUGCUAAGUUGUGGUCAAUGCCUAGGGUAAGCAAGGUUUCUGCCUUAAAGGGCCACACAGAACGUGCAACUGAUGUUACUUUUUCUCCGGUGCAUGAUCUUUUAGCAACUGCUUCUGCUGACCGAACUGCAAAGUUGUGGAGCUCUGAUGGAUCUCUCCUGAAAACAUUUGGGGGCCAUUUGGAUCGCCUUGCACGUAUUGCCUUCCAUCCUUCAGGGAAGUAUCUUGGUACAACAAGCUUUGAUAAAACAUGGAGAUUGUGGGACAUAGACACUGGCAUGGAGUUGCUUCUCCAAGAAGGUCAUAGCAGGAGCGUCUAUGGAAUUGCCUUCCACCAAGAUGGAUCUUUAGUAGCAUCCUGUGGACUUGAUGCACUCGCUCGUGUUUGGGAUCUCCGCACUGGGAGAAGUAUUCUGGCUUUUGAAGGCCAUGUGAAGCCGGUUCUUGGUGCUAGUUUUUCACCCAAUGGCUAUCAUCUAGCCACAGGUGGUGAAGAUAACACAUGUCGUAUAUGGGAUUUGAGGAAGAAAAAGUCCCUGUAUAUCAUACCAGCCCACUCAAAUCUUAUAUCACAAGUGAAGUUUGAGCCUCAAGAGGGAUAUUACUUGGUCACUUCUUCUUAUGACAUGACUGCGAAGGUUUGGUCUGGAAGAGAUUUUAAGCCUGUCAAAAGCUUACCGGGUCAUGAAGCUAAAGUCACUGCUUCAGAUAUUAGUGCAGAUGGGCGAUAUAUUGUGACAGUCUCUCACGAUCGAACUAUAAAGCUAUGGACUGCUGGUAACAUUGAACAGGAAAAUGAUAUGGAUUGGACUGAGGGUUGAUUUGGAGAAGUUUAGGUGGUUUUUGUAGGAGUGUAUCUUUCAACAUAAUUUUUAAAGUCAGAUUAAAACAAUAUUGUUGCUGUAAUGGAUUAGAAAGGGACUUGCUUAAAACACUUUUUUAUAUGAAAAUCUGGCUUCAUAGUUUUCGCUCUUUGUUUUAUUGUAAGCCACGUGAAAAUGUUAACGCUUUGGUUUAGCUACCAAUUUGUAUAAUGCCGCUUUCCUUUUUCAUUCACAAUAAAUUUUUGGAUAAAUUAUCACUCAA